AUGGCCAGAGUCUCGAGAACACCAACUUUGCAUGAACAACUCUGCGUGGUCAAGCACGCUUUCACAUCGAUCAAAUUCCAAUGCAUUCUGAUAAGAUUUCGCGCCCCAUUUGCUCGCUCGAUUAAAGGUAGGGCGCGACGAUUAGCGGUGCGCGGUCAUGAGGCGACCGCCGUCGAACAUGACGAAUCAGCCGGUUUCUAUGCCAGUUUGAGCCUUGUAGACUUGGAAAUCAUCGCUGCAACUGUGCUUGAGCUGUUUUCGGAGGACACAGUUAGAUUCUUGUACUGGCGGGUUCAGUAA